AUGGGAAAGGGAAGCUGCAAAAGUCUGAAAAUCAACCUUCUAAACUCUCUCUCUGGCAAUGCUGUUUUCAGGGUACUGUGCCCUGUGUCCAAACUUGAUAGUAUCACUGGGGAUGGUGGCUCUUUUAUAUCACAAAUUUGUCAAGAGACUCUUGUAAAGGUCAGAGUUGAGGAAACUGUCCCCGGAUGUGACGAAAGAGUUAUUAUUGUGGGUUCUGAUAGAGAGAAUGAUGUUGAUACUGAGCAUAGCAAGGAGGAUGACGUUGAAGGGGAAAAUGUGGAUGAAAAGCAUGAUGAUACUAAGGACUCAAAAGAGAAUGAUGAAAAUAAGGAAUCUGUUCCUAAUGAAGAUUCAAAAUCUGACAACUUAACUCCAUCUGUGCAGAAAGCUCUGCAACUUGUGUUUGAGAGAAUAAUUGAAGGGGAAACAGAGACUGAUGGAGGGGAUGAACAAGGUGAAAAGUCUUUGACAUUUGUUUGUAGAUUACUAGUCCUUUCGACUCAAGUGGGAUGCCUUUUGGGAAAGGGUGGUAGUGUAGUCAAACAAAUGUCAUCUGAAAGUGGGGCACAAAUCCGGAUCCUUCCUAGAGAUAAACUUCCAUUAUGUGCAACAGCUUCCGAUGAACUAGUUCAGAUUACAGGGGACGUUGAUGCAGUUAGGAAAGCUCUUGAAUCUGUUUCUCAGCAGCUUUUGGAGAAUCUACCUCGCGAUAGUGACUCUUCCCUGUCCAACACUUCAGGGCCAUCAUCUCAUUCAAUUGGUCAAUCUCUUCCUAGACCAGAAGUAUAUCCCCCACCCAACCGUUCUCAAGGAGCACCAUAUAGUGAUCAGCUUGGCGACGUUGCAGAUUCACAUCCUGCUGCUCAUCCACUAAUACCCAAAUUCCAUGGAAGUGGUAGGAUGAAGCCUUCACAGGAAGUCCUAACUUUCCGCUUAUUGUGCCAUGAAGAGAGAGUAGGAGGUGUAAUUGGAAAAGGAGGAUCCAUAAUAAAGACACUUAAGCAAGAAACAGGCUGUGAAAUCAAAGUUAUGGAAGGCGUGCCUGACUCAGAGGACCGUCUUAUUAUUGUAUCUGGUCCUGCGCACCCAGAUGAUAGGAUAUCACCUGUCCAAGAUGCCGUUCUUCGUGUCCAGAGUAGAAUAUUCAGGGCUGCACCUAAUAGCAAGGAACAAUCCAUGAUGGCGAGGCUUCUUGUUUCCUCUAAUCAAAUUGGUUGUCUCCUUGGCAAGGGUGGUGCCAUCAUUGCUGAAAUGAGAAAGUUAUCUCGGGCUCAUAUCCGUAUAAUGGGGAAGGAUCAAAUUCCAAAAUGUGCUCCAGAUGAUGAAGAACUUGUUCAGAUAAAUGGAGAAUUCGAAGCCGUUAAAGAUGCUCUUCUCCAGAUCACCACUAGGUUGCGGCAUCACUAUUUCCGUGAUGCAUUUCCUUCUAUAAAUUAUCCUCCAAAUCCCGCGUAUUUGGAUCAACCUCCAUUUCAAUCAUAUAUGAGGAGGGACUUCUCACCUCCAGGAAUGCAUUCUAAUUUAGGCAUGCCAUUUCACAAGUUUGAUGCUGUUGGUGGCCCUCCUCCACAUGGUGUUUUUCAUCCCCAUGAUGAUCGUGCUCCUUUUAUGCACAAUAUUCAUAGAUUAGGUGGGCCCCCGCAUUUAUCUGAAAGAAGACCUUGGGGUCCUCAGGGACAUCUUGAGGGUGGUGGUCCACUAGGCUUGCCGAACUUUGCUCCACAAAGAAGAAUUCCAGGAUUUGGAGGAAGCCAGCCAGCUAUAAUAACCAACACCACUGUUGAAGUUGUUGUCCCUAGUUCCCUUGUUCCUGUAAUAAAUGGAGAAGAUGGUGAAUGCUUGAAGCAAAUACGUCAGAUUUCGGAUGCAAAAGUUACCAUCACGGAGCCUAAGCCCGGAGCACUUGAAACUGUGAUCAUAAUAUCUGGAACACCUGAACAAACACAUGCUGCGCAGAGUCUUAUUCAAGCAUUUGUGAUGAGUGAGACCGACUCUUCUUGA